AUAAUCUCUGCCCCCUCCAGGAUCCUGUGGCUCCGCCUGCCGGCUCUACGGAUAGGCCACGCCCCCCCGGGCGCCUUCUCUCCACCACUCCUCUCCUUUUCCUCGCUGUCCCCGUCUUCUCUCCCAGACAGACCCUGCCCUUUCCUUUCUGUCGCCUUGUCUGUGGAUUGUGGUUCUGUGCUGGAGGAUCGACAGACUGACAAUGGGAGCCUCUCUCUGACCCUCCUGCUCGGGAGUUUAUGCUAAUUGGUCCCCCCCACUCCGCUUUUGAAUGUCAGUCAUUAUGGCUAAGCGUGAGACCAGCAGCACCAGCCCUGUCGUCAGGCAGAUAGACAAGCAGUUCCUGGUCUGCAGCAUCUGUUUGGACCGUUAUCACAACCCAAAGGUUCUGCCCUGCCUGCACACGUUCUGUGAGAGAUGUCUGCAGAACUACAUCCCUCCCCAGUCUUUGACGCUUUCCUGUCCAGUAUGCAGACAGACGUCCAUUUUGCCCGAAAAGGGGGUUGCAGCCCUGCAGAACAACUUCUUCAUCACAAACCUGAUGGAAGUGUUACAGAGAGAUCCAGAAUGCAGUCGGGCCGAGGCGUGCAGCGUCCUCGAGUCGGCCACCGCGGCUAAAACCUGUCAGCCCCUUUCCUGCCCCAACCAUGAGGGCAAGGUAAGAAAAAAAAACCCAACUUUUAAUGAUUCAUCACACAUUUACAGCAUUUACCCACUUUUGCCCUCUAUGGUUUUUGUUCCACUGCACCAUCUACAGGUGAUGGAGUUUUACUGCGAGUCAUGUGAGACAGCCAUGUGUCUGGAGUGCACAGAAGGGGAACACAGGGAACAUGUGACGGUUCCUCUGAGGGAUGUGCUGGAGCAGCACAAGUCGGCUCUUAAAAAUCAGCUUGACACGGUGCGCAACAGGCUACCUCAGCUGACGACGGCCAUAGAGCUCGUAAAUGAGAUCACGAAGCAGCUAACAGACAGGAAAAAUGAUGCAGUGACCGAAAUAAGUAACACUUUUGAUGAGCUUGAAAAGACCUUGAAUCAGCGCAAGACUGCUCUAAUUACUGAGGUGGAAAACAUCUGCAGUGGAAAGCAGAAGGUGCUUCAGACCCAGCUGAGCUCUUUACUUCAAGGCAAAGAAAACAUCGAAAGCAGCUGCAACUUCACCGAGCAUGCUCUCAGCCACGGCAGCGCCACCGAGGUCCUGUUGGUUCAGAAACAAAUGGGCGAGCGCGUCAGUGCUCUGGCAAGACACACCUUUCCCGAGCAUCCUCACGAUAACGGACAUCUGGAAUGCCAGGUCGAGACGGAUGGACUGAAGCGCUCCAUUCAGAACCUGGGCGUCCUCAUCACAACCGGAGCAGUUGGCCAUACAAGUGUCGCCACCGGAGAAGGCCUGCGACAUGCCGUGGUUGGCCACCACACCACCAUUACUGUCACCACUAAAGACAAGGAUGGAGAGUUGGUGAAAACGGGGAACGCUGCUCUCAGGGCAGAGAUAGUGUCCGCGGAUGGAGUGCGCACUGAAGCUGAGGUGGUGGACAACAAGAACGGCACCUACGAGGUGGGAUAUACCAUUCGAUCUGAGGGAGAGUUCACCUUCGCUUUGCUGUUAUACGAACAGCCCGUGCGGGGGAGUCCAUUCCGCUUGCGUGCCGUCAAGCCGUCAGAUGUCCUGCAGUCGCCAGACGACGUAAAGAGACGAGUGAAGUCACCGAGUGGAGGAGGAGGUCACGUUCGACAGAAGGCUGUACGCAGGCCCUCCAGCAUGUACAGCACCACCAAGAAGAAGGAAAACCCAAUCGAGGAUGAAUUGAUCUACAGAGUCGGAACAAGAGGGCGAGACAAAGGAGAAUUCACAAACCUUCAAGGCAUCUCAGCCUCCAGUAAUGGGAGGAUUGUAGUUGCAGACAGCAACAACCAGUGUAUACAGGUCUUUUCCAAUGAUGGACAGUUUAAGAUGAGGUUUGGCGUGAGAGGUCGAUCACCAGGCCAGCUGCAGCGCCCCACAGGUGUAGCUGUAGACAUGAACGGUGACAUCAUUGUAGCCGACUACGACAAUAGAUGGAUCAGCAUCUUUUCCUCAGAUGGCAAGUUCAAGAAUAAAAUAGGUGCCGGAAGACUGAUGGGACCCAAAGGUGUGGCUGUAGAUAAGAACGGACAUAUCAUCACUGUUGAUAAUAAAGCCUGCUGCAUCUUCAUCUUCCAAUCCAACGGGAAGCUGGUGACUAAGUUUGGAGCCAGGGGAACUUCAGAGAGACACUUUGCAGAGAAAAGUGGUGCAAACAUUGCACUGGAAUCAAAGCUAAGUAAAUCUGGCCCUGUUUUCAGUCCUCACUUUGUGGCUGUAAAUAACAAAAAUGAGAUUGUGGUGACAGACUUUCAUAACCAUUCAGUCAAGGUGUACAAUGCUGAUGGGGAGUUCCUGUUUAAAUUUGGCUCCCAUGGAGAGGGGAAUGGCCAGUUCAAUGCACCAACAGGUGUGGCUGUAGAUGCCAACGGAAACAUAAUUGUUGCUGACUGGGGCAACAGUCGCAUCCAGGUGUUUGACAGCUCAGGGUCUUUUCUGUCCUACAUCAACACAUCAGGUGACCCCCUUUAUGGCCCCCAGGGCCUGGCCCUUACCUCUGAUGGCCAUGUGGCAGUGGCGGACUCUGGGAACCACUGCUUUAAGGUCUACCGCUACCUGCAGUAGAGACCCGAGAUGGCUAACCCAACCACUGCGAUCACUGAUGACACAACAAAUAUAUUCCACUGGGUGCAAUGAAAUUUCCAGUACAGCCUUUUGAUGUGCACAUCGGCAUAUUUGCCAGACACAACAGCCAUCCUGUUUUAACUUUUUCGAUGUGCAUUGAAGGUUGAUCCUUUACUAUGUAGCGUCCUUUGAAACCAAGGAAAUCUACAGACAAGUUUUAGAGAAUGUGCAACCACAUUUUAGUGUGAUUACUACAGAACUAGGUUUUCUGUGAUAUCUGACACCUUAGAAUUUAGACUGAAGUAUUUAACCAGCCAAAACCUGCAUGAAGUUUACAUUUCUUUUUUUUUCUGAGUUCAUUGACAACAAUACAGCUUUACAUGAGUUGUUUUUUUCACCGAUAUUGUUAAUGCUUACAGUGAAAUGAACAAUGCUAUGCCUCUCCAGCGGUGAAAUGUAAAAGUUCUCAUUUACUGGCUUCUAUCAUAAAGCUCUAAUCACCAUCUGUGCAUUGAUUUUCUGUAUUUACUGUAUAUACUGUACAUGAAUGUACAUUGUAUAUAUUAGAUCACUUCGUAUGUAAGUGCUUUGAUUUUGAAACACGUUUUUUUUUUUGCCUAUUCAGAGAGCAUGAUGAUGAUGAUGAUGAUGAUGAUGAAGGACUCCCGGGCUUUAUGUGUGGAAGCUCUUAAAAAGGGAGCUUUGGAAACAUACCCAGCACAUGCAUUAAAGAUGAGUGUCAUAUAAAUGCUUAUGUAAGCAGCACAACAAUAUUUUGUGUGUAUAACUUUUAUGUUAAAGGGGAAAGCAAUGUAAAGUGGUAAUUUAUUUUAUUUUAUUUUAUAGUGGCCAAGCAUGUAAAAUAUAUUUUUAUAAUUUGUUUUUCUUUAUGUGCUUCUUCUCUUUCAAAACUUUAAACCUUUAAGGGUAAAAAAUGUCCUCUAAAACAGAAUUCAGCAUCUGCCAACAUCUCAAAAAUGUAGGUCAGCGUUUAUCCAGAAGGAUGUUCGUUUCCACAGCUAACCCAUGUGUGUUUUCAUUUUCAAUGCCAUGAAAAAUAAUUUUAUGUUCUGUCUAUAUUAGUUUAAAAGCUUUAUUCGGUGAAUUGCUGUCACCUAAUGAGGACAAUGCACAUAUCUCAGGAAACGCAUUCAGAUUUGAUUAAAGUGGCAAUGGAACAAUGUUUUAUAUUUUUAAUGCAUUUGCAUGAAGAAGGGACACAUUGGUAGGGUUUUGAAUAAAAACAAAUCUAAUUUGAAAGGUUACAGAUCUGAUGGAGAUGGAUAAUGAAUUCUGUUUUAAUGAGACAUUUGCUGUUUUUUGGCUUUAUAACAAACAGCUAUACUGCAGUGAAUGACUUUUUUAUUAGAUGAAAUUAGCCUGCGAACGCUUAAGAAAUCCACUCAAAGCAAAACAUUUGUUACCUGCCUGAUUAGUGUCAGAAUCCAUCUUCAUCACAGUGAUAGUGCUGCUGUUGCUCAUGCUCCCCCUCAUGUUCAUUCUGUGUUCUACAGCAGAAGGGCGUGAGGUUGUAUUUGAGACAGUUUAUUCAUGUUUCACAUUCAAGGAUCAAUCUCAGCUUUUCAGAGUUCAGUUGCUGUUUUUAAUGCACCUGAUCGGUCAUUUGACAUCUUGCCAAAUAGAAGCCAAAACAUCUUUUAGGAGUCAAAUGUUCACCUCUUUUGGAUAUGUCUGAGUUCUUUCACCCUACUUGUACCAUUUUCUUUUCCUCUCUGAAUAUGCACUGGUAAUAAAAGCACAUAGUUUACUGAA